GCGAAAGAAACCUGCAUAGCCAUUGAUCCUGAUACAGCAUUCGCAAUGUCCCGCAGAAUCAUCAAGUCAGCCUUGUUCAUUUGUGAUUUGCAGGAGAAGUUCAGAGCCAUCCAUGCGUAUCCGGCUGUUCUAAAAACAGCGCAGAAGAUGCUGCAAGCGGCAAAGAUCUUGGACAUACCCGUCUAUGUCACGACGCAAUCCGCCGCCAAAUUGGGUGGUACUUGCACCGAGCUUGAUGUAUCCCACGCUCAGGUCACCCUCGACAAGACGGCAUUCUCAAUGGCUCUGCCUCAAUUGACUAAGCAUCUUGAUAACGACGCAGCAGUCGCUAUAGUUGGGAUUGAAUCACAUAUUUGUGUGCUACAAACGUCACUUGAUCUUCUCGCAAGAGGCCAUAAGGUGUAUGUCAUUGCCGAUGGGGUUAGCUCCAUGAAUAAGGAGGAGGUUCCCAUCGCGUUAGAGCGCAUUCGACAGGCUGGUGGAUACGUUACGACGAGCGAGAGCUGGCUUUAUGAGACCGCGGGUGAUGCGUCGAUCCCCGAGUUCCGAGAUAUCAUUUCGCUUGUUAGGGAGACCAAAGAUCACACCAAGACAGGCUUGAAGGAGCUUACCCGUCUCUAACUUGUGCAUUCUUCUG